AUGAUUUUCAAUUAACAUAAAAAUUUAGCAACCUAUACUGUUAAAUCCUUUUAAUAUGGAUUAAUGUUAGAAGGAUAUGAUUUGAGGUGUAGAUAGCUAAUAUUUGCUCUGAUAUGCUACUUAAUAAUUUUUUAACUUGGAAUCCGAAAAAAAAAUCAAAUAAGAUAAUUGCUAAGAUCAGCAACUAAAAUGGAAAUUUUACAUGAAAUUAAAACAAACCUUAGUUACUUAAAGCUUGGCUUUGCUGAUGGAAAUUACACUGAUAAAACAUUGGCAGUCAAUAUUCUUAAAGCCAUAGAUCCAAAUCAUUAUUUAGUCAAGAGCCCAAAGUGUAGGAUUAAUCAAAUCUUACAUGAUGAUAUCAUGUAAACGUUAUUUUAAUUAAUAGGUUGAUUCGUUUAUUGAUUAAGUUAGUUGAAAGAAAGAAAGAGAUUGAGAUUUUUUCAAAAAAUGAAGGAACAAGUUGA